UGAAAUUUUUGGAUAUCAUUUUCAGGAGGACCACUCACUGAAAAUAGUCACUACUCUUUCCCACUCGGUUGACUUCUUUUGUUCAGUAUAAACUCAGCCUUCAAAUCCCCCAAAGAAUCAAUUUUUUCCCCAAUCAAACGUCUUCCCAGAUCUCAUCCAAGCAAUUCAGUAUCUCGAGGUUCUUAUAAGGAUUAAUUUUUUGAGAGAUAAUGGGUCGUGGAGUGAGCAGCGGCGGAGGACAAAGUUCUCUUGGCUACCUAUUCGGCAAUGGUGAGGCACCACAACCAACUGCUCCAACCACUGCAGAAGCUGCUCCUAAAGCUGAGGCACCACCAGCUGAAAGCAAUGUAGCUACUAGGAAGGCUGCAGGUGCUUCACCACCGGCUGAGCCUACCAAGCGAAUUCCAGCCGGCAUCCAGGGAGGAAACAUGGCUAACAACUAUCAUCGUGCUGAUGGUCAGAACAGUGGAAAUUUCCUGACUGAUCGGCCUUCAACCAAAGUCCAUGCUGCCCCGGGGGGUGGAUCUUCACUGGGUUAUCUGUUUGGAGGCAAUAACUAAAGCAGUGUACCCCACAGCUCUCCUCUUGCGCCAACAGUUUUAAAUCAUCCUAGUCUUUGCAGACAUUUGCAACUGUAAUAUAGUUCUUGGCUGGUCCUGUAACCUCCCUGGAUUACAAGUCGUGAGUUGUUCUGUCGUUACUGUCACUACUAAUGAAGAUUCAGUUUGCUAUUACUCUAGUGUGUUGAUGCUAGUAAUGCUGUUUUCAUCAUUUGACUAAGUUGAUUGGUAAGUGAUUUUUAAGGACACCACAUUCUGAAACCGGAGCGGUACAGAAACAUAACGCUUUCUGCCAAUAAAACUGACGCAAGAUUCCAGCAAUUGCGAAGCUUGACUUGGAAUAUAAUUAACCGUACAUAGGUGCUAAAUGAGGAUGACUUCUUCAUUGAGUGCAUACCACGGGAAGCAGUGCAAUUAUAUGGCCGGGAAUACAGUACUCCCACAUCUUGCCUGAGAGCAAACACAAAGUACUAAACAGAAUCGGGAUUGUGUAUUCUUCUGAAUUUGUUGGGACAAUUUUACAGGGAGGGCUCUCUAUUUAAAAGGGGCAAACAGGAUCGCACUUUCCAAAACAUAGGUGGAUUUGGUAGUUUCCAAAUUUGAUUCAUGGAGUUUCCAAAAAAAAUAAAAAAAUCUUGAUUUAUGGAGGUUUUGUUUUUUAAAAAAAAAAUUUAUUUUUCUCCAAUUUCUUCAAUCGGGGAAAAAAAAAAACCCUUACAGUACCAUAAUAAAAGAAGCAACAAAAUUAAACCUUUUUUUUGGACUAUUUGAAGGGAAUGCAUAAGUUAUUGGGUGCAUUUUCAAUUUUCCGAAACUUUUCUUGAAAAGAAAUUUCCAAAUUUUGGGCAAAAUAAGACGUUUUCCUUUGAUAUGGAGAGGGG